AUGUCAACAGAACCGCAGGAUGCUGCCGCCGAGGCCCUCACCCAAGAGAUCAAUGACCUCCGAGCCAAAGCUGCCUCUUUGAAAAAGGAGUUGAAAGUACAAGCCACAGCUCUCCUCUCCUCCGAGUCGACGCGGGCCAUCCUGCAAGACGACAAGCAGAAACGCAGUACCCUCCCGCUUCCCUCCGAGCCGAGCCCGGCCCGCGACCAAGUCCUCUCCCGAUCCAAGGCCCAAGAUGCACACGAUCAGCAAUGUCUCUACCGAGCCUGCGCGACAGUCACGACCUUCAAGGUCCGAGAUCCCGAUCCCAAUGCCGUUGAUCGUGGUCACGUCCUUGGCAUUCGCAUCGAAAUCAUGUCAGACGCCAAGUUCCGCAGGCCAUACUAUGUCGUGCUCAACCGGCCAUACAAGGAGUCCCGACACCUGCGAGUCCACCGACACACCAUACCUCCGUGUAUUCCACUAGCAGCCCUUGCUGCACGUCAUCUCCCAGCACCAAAACCGGCCGAUGACGAAGAACAGAAACCUCAGGACUUGUCUCGUUUUGUCCGGACAUUAAGAAGGGAGAUUGUGAGGUUCCACAACCGCACCGCCGUUAUCGGUGAUUUGCAGAAGGCAGCUGGUCUACGUGGCAGCGGCAAUACAGAUGAAGACUCGGAGCGGGCGGUCACCAGUAUCACAGCCGCUGAUAUCGAAGCCAAGCAGAUCAGCAUCGAAUGGGCCGAUGGCAGAGCGGGCAGGCUGGUCAUGAGCGAGGAUGGGCAGAUACAAAAGCUUGUUGUGCUUGGUUCAGAAGGACGUGAUCGAGGAGUCACGAGAGACCUUCUUGGCGACAGCCAUCGUGUGGAGGAUGUUGCACAGCGGUUGGCGAGCACUUGA